AUGCAAGUAGAUGGCGCUGGCGAUGGCGAGCAGGAGCAGCACGCGCCAGGCCCCUCGCCGCCGCGCAGCAAGCUGGGCGGGGCGCUGGCCCGGCUGCUGCGGCGCUCCGACGCGCCGGACGGCGCCGCGCCCGACGGCGGCGACGAUAGCACUCCCGACGCCGCCUUGGACGAUGAGGAGUCCCAGACCGGCGCCUCCCGCGCGCACGGCCUCGCGCGCCAGCGGCUCGGCCCCCAUGAGGACUCGGCGCGCACCACCCCUGUAAGCAAGACCAGCUCGCGCCUCCUCGGCAGGCGCCCGGGCGGCAUCCCUGGCCCUGGAUCCGUGUCGUCGGUCGCCAGCGGCGAUCACGCAUCACUGGACGGCACCAGCAGGACCUUUCGGCCCCACAGGCGGUCCGCGGCGAUAGCAGAGGAUACGAUGGGGACCGCCGCCGCGGCGCUGCCAGAGCACGCCGCCAAGAUGUUUGUCAACAUGAACCAGGAUGCCCUGGUGGAGGAGGAUUCCGCCGCGAGGCAGCGCCGCGGCGUCAUACACCCGCUCUCGCGCGCCUACAGGGUUUGGUGGUAUGUCACAAUCGUGGCGGCCUGCUUCACGGGGUGGCUGGAGCCCUUCAGGGUGGCCUACCUCCCAGACCAGUGCUGGACCGACUCGACCACCCUGGCCCUGCAUCCGGCCACCCUGCUGUCCACCCUCACGAUGAUCAUCUUCUGCAUCGACAUAGUGGUCUCCUUCUUCGUCGGAUACUUUGAUGAGACGGGGGCUCUGGUGGUGGACAGUAGGAGGGUGGCCCUCAAGUAUGCCAGAAAGACGGCCGCUGCAGGCGAGAUGGCGGGUGCUGGUGCACACCGUGUGACCUUGGAACGAGCCCAGCUCGUGGGGCCGUGA